GCUCUACCCGCUUCGAUGUCGCCCGCGUCCGGCCCCGCACAAGCCAAUGUACAUGGGCAGCACGAGCCCCAUCUCGCCCAGGAGGACUCCAUCUCCAGCGCCGCCCCCACCUCGAUCGCCGCGCCGCCCGAGGCCGCCGCCGAUGUCUCCCCGCCUCCCUCGUCCGUCGGGAGCCGCCUCCCCCAGCAGCCCGGAGACGGAGGAGGCCGCGGGGCCGACGGAUGGAGCCCCGCCGCUGCGGCGGUCGGCCAGAAGGGGAAGAAGAAGGAGAAGGCGGAGAGGGACGAGGAGAGGAAAUCUGAUUUCCUCAGGAGGAGGAGCGUUCGUGUUGCGUAUCAUGGCCACGCCAAGGAGGAGGUCAUGUCCAAGAAGCUACCUUGGGAUGAUCCCAGACUUCGGAAGGAGCAGGUGACGCCCGUUUCCACAAUAAACAAGUCACACCGGACCAGCGCUCUUGGCUGUAUCAACAAAGAGGAAAUAGAUGGACUUCUUGUUGUAGAAAGACCCAGGUUUGGACCACCGUAUGUGGCAUGUAAUGAAUUCACACUUAUGUGGUCACUGAAAAAUGAUGAAAUUUGGUACCCCUUAUUUGCUGAAAUCCUUGGAGACGCUGACCAAUCAAUUGAAUCGAGGAAGGUGUGGGAUGAUAUUAGGCUUGUGCGCAAGUUGAGGCCCCUGCAGAAUUCAGAGAAAAUAUCAUCCCGAACCCAUUACAAGAUGAUCCUAGUUGCAGCUCAUAAGCAUGGUCGAAAGCCAAAUCUUAUCUGCUCUAGUUUGUUCACUGAGGAUCGAAAGGCCAAGGGCAAGCUGGAAGGUUUCGAGAUCCCGCAAAACCUUGUUUGCCCCUUGUGCGGCAAUGUUAUGGUUGACCCUGUUAUGAUUGCAACAGGAAAGACUAUGGACCGUCACUGCGUACGGGCUUGGUUUGAUAAGCAUGGACACAUCUGCCCAGUAACGUGCCAGCCAGUCUCUUCUACCGUGCUCCGAAAUGAGCGGAUUAGAGGAUACGUGGAAGAAUGGCAUGAAGCUGAACUAGAGGUUGAGGAAGAUGCUAGGGUAUCAUUUACAAGACCUUAGGCUGAUCACCCAAGUAGUUUGAGAAGUAACUGUAUCAUACUGUGAAGUGCUUAGGCUGAUCACCCAAGUAGUUUGAGAAGUAACUGUAUCAUACUGUGAAGUGAUGGUAUUUCGCUUAGUGAAGCAAACUGUAACAUGGAGUAGUGUAUUUUGUGCUUGCUGAUUUUCUGUAUAAAAUCUGAUCUACUUGCUUAUUCUGGCAGUUGAUGAGUUGCUUUAUCUUUCUUUGAGAAAUGUACAUGAAUAUAAUAAUAAUAAAAUGAUGGAUUGAGCCAUCCCUUUUCGAUCAA